AAAAUCCACAUAAAUAGCCCUCAACAACUCAAAGCAAGAUCAUUCUACAAACUGUAAUUUCAGGAAGCAGAUAUGAAAUCGUUCAUUUUUAUCGCACUCAUCGUUGCCGUGGUUGGAGUCAAUGCUCUCACCGAGGAGCAACUUCAAAAGGCUUCCGCAGUAUCCAACGAAUGUCUGUCCAAGUCCGAUGGUGUCGAAAAAGAUGAUGUAGAAAAACUGCGCCAAGGCGAUUUUUCUAGCGUUGAUCAGAACAUCAAAUGUUUCGCCAAAUGUUUCCUCGAACGGAUUGGAUUUAUGGACGCCGGUGGUAACCUGGUUGAUGCAUUUGCGAUUGAACGGCUGUCGUUAAAUCGCGAGAAAGACAAAGUUGAAGCGCUAGUGAAGCGUUGUAGUGUGAAACAGUCUGAUCCAUGUGAAACCGCGUUCCGAGCUUUUGAGUGUUUCUACAAUGAAAAAUCUGCUCUCUUCUAGAUCAAUGAAGUACAGAUUAUGACCAGCUUAUAAAUUCAAACAGAUGUCAAAGGUUUUUGUUAGCGUGCUGAAGUAAGUGAUUUGAACCACGAAUAAAAAAAAUCUCGAUAUAAUUUGGACUUGA